AUACAGUCAGCGCUGGAGUGAGUCAUCACCGGUUAGUACAGCUUAUCAUACGGUAGAGGCAAUCGUAAGCAAUGGUAAUGCUUUGGCAGCGCAUGUGUCGGUGUCGGAGCAAUACCACAGCCAACACCUCCUACUCUCUGCCACUCUCUCCCUCUCUCUCACACACUCUCUUCGCACUCACUCUUCAAGACCUGUUGAUCGCCACCAACUGUUCAGUCGCUCGCAGUUUCUCUUCAUAUGCCAUACCAUACAUACACUGUCUGUCUGUCUGUUUGGUCGCAAUGUAUGCUUUAGUAGCGAUCGAGAAGUUUAUGUGAAAAGUUUUCUUCAAAACAAUAUUUUCAUCUCUUCGGGAGAAAAACCAUUUAUUCAGUCAUUCAUUUCCAGUCAUUUCCCGAAACCAAUAGUCAAAUGAUGAGAGCGAUGGUCGACAUGCGGGUGGAAGUGGACGGACGGCUGUGCUGUUCGUCGGUACAGACGGCGUCCACCGCCGAACCCGAUCCCAAACCGUCGCCAAUACUGCCCUUCCUAUACCUCGGCGACGAACGUCACGCCGCGGACAACGACUGUCUGCGACAAUUGGGCAUCACUUAUGUGCUCAACAUUACGGCCGAACCGUUGGCCGCAGACCCGUAUGCGGAGCCGCGCACUGGUCUCCGAUACAAACAACUGGUGGCCGUCGACUCCUAUCACCAGAACCUCAAACAAUAUUUCGAAGAAGCGUUUGAUUUCAUCGAUGAGGCGCGACGGACGGGUAGGCAUGUGUUAGUGCACUGUCACGCGGGUAUAUCCCGAUCGGCGACCAUAACCAUCGCGUAUCUCAUGCGUCACCUGUGGAUGAGUUUAGUGGACGCCUAUAAUCUGGUGAAGAGUAAACGGCCGGUCAUAUCGCCGAACCUCAACUUCAUGGGACAGCUCUUAGAGUUGGAACAAAAGCUGCGCCGAACAGCGCAGGACAACAAUUGCCGCCAAUCAUCGGUGACCACUGCCGACAGUGCGAGUGAUUUGACCGCCGAUCAAGAGAUUUAUGAUCCAAGUGUUGACAGCAGUAGUGCGCGCACAACAGCCACCACCACAACCACAACCACCCCAUCCACGGCACCCAUACUCUCAUUAUGA